CUAAUAAAUUAUCAAGAAGAAAAGACUGGGAAGGGUUCUCACUUGUCUCUCUUUAUUUUUCUUUCCUCGGGGGUGUCUCUUUGCAUGCAAUACAACAACACACGGGUCUGUUCUUUCUCUGCAACUCAUCUUUAUCCUUCCAUGGCGAUGUCGAACUCGUCAGAAAACCUGGAUCACAAAUCAAACAUUCUUCAAGAAUCGGAUCGUAGUUUUUCUGUUCGGAGGAGACCGAACUCUAACGUGGUUAAUGCCUCACCUGAUUCGUCUUCCAAGGUUGAUAAGGUUGAGACGUUAGCCAAGCUUUCUACGAUCGAUUCUUCUGCUGAGACGAGCUCAGAUGAUGAUAGAAAUCGAAUUGGUAACGGUAACGAUUUAAAGGAGGAAGGGAAUUCUUUGAGUAAUGGAGAUGUCUAUAAUGAGCGUAUUCGAACCGGUGAGAGUCUUGAGGCUGUUGUUCCAGCGAGAUUUUCUUAUCGUGCUUCUUCUGCGGCUCAUCAGAGGGUAAAGGAGAGCCCUCUCAGUUCUGACGCUAUCUUCAAACAGAGUCAUGCAGGUCUCUUCAAUCUCUGUAUUUUAGUUCUUGUUGCUGUUAACAGCAGGCUAAUCAUUGAAAACUUGAUGAAGUAUGGCUUAUUAAUCAGAGCUGGUUUCUGGUUUAGUUCAAAAUCACUGAGAGAUUGGCCAAUCCUUAUGUGUUGUCUUUCACUGCCAAUUUUCCCAUUUGGUGCUUUCGUGGUUGAAAAGUUGGCGCGAAGCAAGUUUAUUUCUGAACCAGUUGUUUUGUUGCUUCAUAUAUUAAUUUGUACGGCUUCAAUCCUUUAUCCAAUUUUUGUGAUUCUUAGGUGUGAUUCUGCUGUUCUAUUUGGCAUUGCUUUAAUGCUCCUUGCAAGCAUUGUAUGGUUAAAAUUGGUAUCUUAUGCACAUACAAAUUGUGAUAUGAGGGCACUUACCAAGUCAGCUGAUAAGGGGGCUUCCAAGUUUUCAAAAAUGGAUUACUCUUAUGAUGUUACCUUCAAGAGUUUGGCAUACUUUAUGGUGGCUCCUACAUUAUGUUACCAGACAAGCUAUCCUCGUACCACAUGCAUUCGGAAGGGUUGGGUGAUCCGACAACUUGUUAAACUGGUAAUAUUUACAGGAUUGAUGGGUUUUAUUAUAGAACAAUACAUUAAUCCAAUUGUCCAGAAUUCUCAACACCCUUUGAAAGGCAACCUUUUAUAUGCUAUUGAGAGGGUCUUGAAGCUAUCAGUUCCAACCUUAUAUGUCUGGCUCUGCAUGUUCUAUUGCUUUUUCCACCUUUGGUUAAAUAUACUUGCUGAGCUCCUGCAAUUUGGUGAUCGUGAGUUCUAUAAAGAUUGGUGGAAUGCAAAAACCGUUGAGGAGUAUUGGAGAAUGUGGAACAUGCCUGUUCACAAAUGGAUGGUUCGCCAUAUCUAUUUUCCAUGCCUACGGAACGGGAUUCCCCGGGCCGUUGCCGUUGUGAUUGUCUUCUUUCUCUCUGCCAUAUUCCAUGAGUUAUGUAUUGGGGUGCCCUGCCACAUAUUCAAGUUUUGGGCUUUCAUAGGCAUUAUGUUUCAGAUUCCCUUGGUCCUGCUCACGAAUUACCUACAAAAUAAAUUCAGAAAUACCAUGGUUGGGAAUAUGAUCUUCUGGUUCUUCUUUAGCAUUCUUGGUCAACCAAUGUCUGUGCUUCUGUAUUACCAUGAUGUGAUGAAUCGUAAAGAGAAUGGAGUAAGCAAGUGAUCCGAUAUAUAUCUCAUUGACUGGCUGUGAAAAAAACUGCAGUAUCAGUGGGGGUAAAUCUCUCAGCACCUCCAUUGCAUGAUGUGGAGCAGUAUCGUUCAUUUUCAUUGAUUCAUCUGAUUCCAUGCUGCUUCGAUCUUCAUUUCAUCAGAUCUUGCCCCUCUACUGAAUGCUUAUUUGAUGAAAGGCAUUGCUGAUUCGUUUAAUGUUAAGCCAUCCUGGGUGAAGGAUGGUAUAUUGGUAACAAUUUUAUACGAAGCUGGGGAGAUCUUCAUUUGUUUGAUCAUUCUUGAAUCACUUGUAAAUAUAUGGCUUUAUAGUUUGUGUUAAAUUCAUUUGUCGU